AUGUCCGAGAAAGAGCACGAAAGGUUGAGAGAAGAUGAAGUGCCAACAAGAAGCACUGAUAGCACAGAAAGCACCGAUAGUGAUACUGAUGUUGAAUCUGAAACUGAAGGUUUGGCAGAUAAUGCUCAAAAAAUGAAGAUAUCAGGAUCAGAGAAUGGUGAUAUAAUAGCAAAAUACUCUGAUAAAAUCAAGCUUGAUGACUUUAAGAAGGGACCUAAAAUAACUAAAGAUAGAUCUAACAGAGCGACUGUGGAGCAGGUGUUAGAUCCAAGGACGAUGAGGUUCUUGGGAAAAAUUAUAAAUAAGGGCAUUCUCUCAGGUAUAAAUGGCUGCAUAAGUACAGGUAAAGAGGCCAAUGUCUACCUUGGUGUUUUAGAAGGGGAAUCUGAGAAGUCUUAUGCUGUAAAAAUUUACAAAACUUCGAUUUUGGUAUUUAAGGAUCGUGAGAGGUAUGUAGAUGGAGAGUUCCGAUUCAGGAAUACGAAAAAUCAGAGUAAUCCUAGAAAAAUGGUCAAAUUAUGGGCUGAAAAAGAAUUCAGGAACUUAAAGAGGUUGGCGUCUAAGGGAAUACCAUGCCCGGAACCGGUGGAGUUGAGAUCGCACGUUCUAGUGAUGGAGUAUUUGACUAAAGGUAACGAUCAACCCUCACCUAAGCUAAGAGAUCAUCCGUUCAAGAACGCUGAUGAAAUCGGCCACUACUAUCAACAGAUGCUAAUAUAUAUGAGACGCAUGUAUCAAGAUUGUCGCUUGGUACAUGCUGACUUGAGUGAGUACAAUUCAAUUGUGCACGAUGAAAAGCUUUAUAUAAUCGACGUUUCGCAGUCCGUUGAACCAGAUCACCCUAUGGCCAUGGACUUCUUAAGAAUGGAUAUUAAGAAUGUGAAUGAUUUUUUCGCCAGAAAAGGAAUUAAUGUGUACCCCGAACGAUUGAUCUUUAAGUAUAUAACAGAAAGCGAACAUAGCUUAGGUUUACAUGGCUCCAGUGAUCCAGAUCUAAUCGCUUACUUGGAGUCCCUACCGUUCAAGGAUGACAAUGAGGAUGAAGUUCAAGAUGAAGUCUUUAGGUCGGUGCAUUUGGUGCGAUCAUUGAAUCAUCUAGAUGAAAGGGACUUUCAAGAGUUCACGGAGGGAAACUUUGAAACAUUAAACCAGUUGGUAGAAGCACAAGGAUCUGACUCUGAAAGCGAAGACGAUGAUACUGAGCUGGACUAUACAGACGAAUAUACAGAUGAGGACCUCAGUAGUGACGUUGAUGGGCAAGAGAAGGAAUGGGUUGAAAAGACGUCAAUACCAAAAGGAAAGAAAUUUGAAGAUAAGGAAGAAAAGAAAUCCAGAAAAGAAGCCGCAAAGGUAGCCAAGCAAGAGAAAAGGAAGAAUAAAAUGAAAAAGCAUGUAAAGAAGAAAAUAAUAAAUAAAAGGAAGAACAAGUAG